UGGCAAUCCCCUCCAGUAUCUUUACUAGGAAACUCAAAUAGGGUCAGGAAGAAAAACCAUGGAACUGAAGAGCUUCAAGGGGUGAACAUUCACAGAGUCUCCAGAAACUGGGAGGGAGGGUGGUGAGGUCAUGUAAUUCAAAUUUUCACCCUUGACACUUCACGUGAAGUGGUAGGGGCAGCUCAAGCUGGCUCUUGUGAACCCAUUGGCAUAUUUGCCCCUCUGAAAUCAGAAAAUGCUACCAUUCAGGGCUUGAUUUAUCAUUCUGUUGAUUGUGUAGACUUAAGUGUUAGAAACAAUGUUACUAAUAGAGAUUAAAUUAAGAGUAUGUCAUGGAUACAUUUGUUUGUUUGUUUUUGUUUUCCAGAGAGCUUGUUAUUAUACAUUUUCCAGCAUAUCCCUGUUGGAUGGAUGGAUUUUCAGAUCUGUUUUCUUUCGCCUUUUUAGAUUCAAACUACUUUUGUUUUCCUUCCAAAUAUGCCUAAGAUAAGGUCUGAGGAGGCAGUGCAUAUAGUAGUCCUUAGCCCCAGUUUCCCUGGAGUGCCCUUUGAUCGAGUUCUUUCCGUAUUAAAGGCCACGCCUGGGAUCUGAUUAGGCAUAACCAGAAGGCUGUGCAGAGGGAAAGAUGUGGAAGACUUCCCUGCUGCCCAAGGUUCUGACUUUGGGGGUCCUGGGACUCCUGAUUCAUGCCCCAGGGCAUCAUGCAGAUGACCUCAUCAGGACCACUGAGUCUGGACAGAUCCAAGGGACUCAAAUCAGUAUCAAGGGGAUUGACAAAGGUGUCAGUGUUUUCCUGGGAAUCCCCUUUGCCAAACCCCCUGUGGGAGCCCUGAGGUUUUCUCCUCCACAACCAUCAGAUUCCUGGAGCAAUGUGAGAGAUGCGACUACUUAUUCACCUGUGUGUUUGCAGAAUGUCACUCCCCUAGAAAGUAUGGCAAAAGUCAUGAAAGUAAACAUCCCUAUUCCUGCCAAUUCUGAAGACUGUUUGUACCUCAAUAUCUAUGUUCCUGACCACACAAAGGAGGGGGCCAGAUUGCCGGUGAUGGUGUGGAUCCAUGGUGGUGCUCUCACUUUUGGUGGUGCUUUCUUAUAUGACGGUUCGAUAUUGUCAGCCACCCAGAAUGUGGUAGUGGUCACCAUCCAGUACAGGCUGGGCAUCCUUGGGUUCUUCAGCACUGGGGAUGAGCAUGCACCUGGCAACUGGGGUUACCUGGAUCAGGUGGCUGCUCUGAGAUGGGUCCAGAAGAACAUUGCCCACUUUGGAGGAGAUCCUGACCUUGUGACCAUCUUUGGAGAGUCAGCUGGGGGGACAAGUGUUUCCUCACAUGUUCUGUCCCCCAUGUCCAAAGGCUUGUUCCACAGAGCGAUCAUGGAGAGCGGUGUGGCCAUCCUCCCUGGCUUGAUUUCUUCCAGCUCAGAAAUGAUUACAAAUGCCAUUGCCAAUCUGUCUUCUUGUGAUAGACACAGUUCUGCCUCCAUGGUUCAGUGCCUUAGGAGCAAAUCUGAAGGAGAAGUCCUGGCCAUUACCAAGCAUUUGAACAUAAUCCCUAGUGUGGUUGAUGGGCAAUUCUUCCCCAAACAUCCUGAAGAGAUGCUGGCUGCAGGAGAGUUCCACCACAUCCCUUCCAUUAUCGGUGUCAACAACCACGAAUAUGGCUGGGUUCUUCCUGUGGGAAUGAGCAUUCCUGGAUUUAAGGAAAACAUGGAUAAAAACAGUGUCCAGUCAGCAUUGCAAACUCCAGUUUUGGGUAUUCCCCCUAAGCUUGGGCAGUUGAUGAUGGAAGAGUAUUUAAGAGACCCUGAGGACCCGGGAAAAUGUCGAGCUCAACUCCAGGAAAUAGUGGGGGAUUUCCUCUUUGUCAUUCCUUCCCUGAAAGUGGCCAAAUAUCAACACAGUCCCAGCUCUCCAGUCUACUUUUAUGAAUUUCAGCACCGACCAAGCUGGGUUGAUGGAAUCAAGCCGGAUUUUGUGAAAGCGGACCAUGGUGAUGAGCUUCCUUUUGUCUUUGGAGUGCCUUUUUUGGGAGAGGGACCAGAAGAGGAAAAACUCCUGAGUCACAGGAUAAUGAGCUACUGGGCAAACUUUGCCCAUCAUGGGGACCCAAAUGGUGCAGACCUUAUCCACUGGCCUCUCUAUGACCAGAAGGAAGAGUACCUGGAGCUUAAUUUGCAGUUGUCUGUGGGAAACAGUCUGAGGAAGGAUAAAUGGGAGUUCUGGACCAAGACCUUGCCUCAGAAGAUGAAGGAAUCAUGGCCAGAAAAAGCCCGAGUGGAGCUGUGAUCUCUAAACAAAACCAUUUUUGCAAUUGUUGCAGACCAAUGAUACCUAAUCAUUUCCUUUGAAUAGUUCCUUGGUCUCAUCUAAAGUAUACUGCAGUUUUGAGUGAAGUACUUUGACUCUCACUUAUUACUGUUUUGGGAGAAUUUAAAUGGUAUUCAGAAGGAAAACAACAAAUUAAUGUAAGGAUUACUAUGUUCCAGCCACUGUGCUAAGAAACAGUCUUAUAAAUAUCAUCUCAUUUGAAAGGGACUUUCCAAUUUUGAGAUAAUGGGAAUCUGAUGAUACCAGUCAGUCCACCCUGUGUCUAGAGGAAAAAAAUCCCUAGUUCAUGUCAUAGAAUUAUAGUGGAGGUAGUUUCAUUUUCUGUCACUGUACCUUUAGGCCACUUGGUAUGGAAAGAAUGAUGAUUGAUCAAAUGAUUGAUUUAGAGUUGGAAGAUUAUUAGAAAUCAUUGAACAAGAAUGAACACCAAGGCCCAGAGAAGGGAAAGGACUUGUCCAAGGUGAUCCACACACUAAGCAACCAGGUCCUCUGACUCCAAAUCAAAGGUUCUUAGAACAUUGAGCUGCUGCCAGGGACUGGGGAAAAUAUUGGAUGUCUCUGUCUUGCUUCAUCAAUUAGCUAGCAUUUUCCAGAUAACACUUCUCUGAGGAGAUAAUGGGGUACGUUGAGAGUCUUGUAAACAAAACUUCAAGAUAAUCCUGCAACUCAAGUGAUUCUUUACUUGCAAAAGAGCAGCACAGAGACAAUUAGUAUCUGUGAACCCAAAUUCAAUGUAGUUUGUCUACAGGGUUCCUUUUACAUAGAACAAAAUUGCAAAAUCAAAGGAAAUCCUUCCUCUAUUCUGAGUGGUUAUGCUAACAAGAUAUUUCACAAUAACAAUACCUUUUACUAACAGGAUACAGGCAGGGGUCUGUUGGUCAAUGUUUAACAAUCAGCUCUCUGAAAAACCCAGAAGAUAUACUUUCAAGUUAUAUCAUUCACAUUAUCUCCAUCACUUUGUUAAGCUUAGAAAUCAAUAAAACAAUGACCCAAACCCUAAAUUGUAGUGGAUGCCAAUUCUGAGAUAUAAAUACUCAUGCUGAAAAUUUAACAACCAGCUCUGGUACAAGUUGGCUCUAGCACUUCCCUGAGAUACAGGGAUAUAUGGUACCCAAACAUUCUCUCCAUUUAGAAAAAUCCAAUAUUGAAUUGUCAAAACAUUUUUGUCACUAAGAAAAUAAGACAUAGUUGAUAUAGGGUUCAGACAAUUAUGGCAGGAUAAAGGUAAUAUAGAAUGUAAUAGAAGCUAGGUGGUCAGGUCACCUCACAUGUGGACUUCAAAAUAGCCUGCUGUCUAGUUUCCCUUGCUUCAGUUUUCUUCCCAGUCCAGUCCAUCCUCCACUCAAAUCUGAUGAUGUCAGACAUAUGCUGAUGUCACUCCUUAUAUGCUAAACUCUGAUGGUUCCCUUUACUUCUAAUAUCAAAUAUUAAACCCUUUGUUUGGCUUUUAAAGACCUUCAGAAUUUGGACCCUCCCCACCUUUUCCUUCAUUUUGGGCCUCCUUGGUGUUCCUCCGUCUCUGGGCUCUGGGCACUCUCUCUGGCUGCCCCCAUGCCUGGAACCUUCUUCCUCAUCCUCUGUCCCUCCUGGCUUCCUUCAAGUCUCAGCUAAAAUCUCACCUUUUGUCAGAAGCCUUUGCUAAUUUCUCCUUAAAGCUGAUGCCUUCUUACUGUUGAUCAUCCCCCAGUUUGCCUUGUGUAUAAGUUGUCUGUCCAUAGGUGUUUGCAGCUUGUCUCCCUUCAUUAGAUUGUGAGCUCCGUGAAGAUAGUUUUUUACCUCUGCACAUUCCCAGUGUUUGAGUGACUGGUGCCUGGUGUGCCGUUCAGAAAUACUUCACUCAUCCACCAGCUAUAUGAUGUUAGCAAAUUCUCUUUGCCUGUUGGAAUGUCUUUUUCCUUAUGAACUCAGUGGGAAUAAUAAAAAUGACACCAGAAACUUCCCAGAGUUAUUGUGAGCACCAGAGAGCAUUCAAGCUGGACAAGAGCUUAAAGAAUAUCUGAUCCAGGGGCAGCUAGGUGGCACAGUGGAUAGGCGCCUUUCCUGGA